CGCGCUUCUUCACGAUUGGUCGUACCAUCACGAUCAUCUACGUCGGCGGACUCCCUCCUCUCGACGAGAUCUGGGAUUUUCCUGACGGGAUACGAUCACUAUUUCAUGUUCGUUCGCCGGUUUAUUCUUCGCAGUACGCGUUUGACGCUCGAAGAAUACUCGAUGGACAAGAUGCGUACCCUACAAAAAAGUCUUUUGGCACUUUGCCUGUUUGCGUCAGCCAUGGCAUCACCCACGCCAAAGCCAACUGAAAGUCUUGAAGCCCUUCAAAUUGUCUCUCAGGGCGCCCAAUUAUUCUCCACCAACAUGAUCAAGAUUGUUGCAAAAGAGCAGCAAGACAAUUUGAUAGCUUCUCCUUUGAGUGCCAAUAUCGCUUUAACCAUGGCUGCUAAUGGCGCUGCCGGAACUACCGAAGAACAGUUUAGGCAUGUUCUUCAUCUUCCAUCGAAGACACAGACCCUGACCGGUUUUCAACAACUCAUCAAUACCAUGAACAAUGUUGAGAAUGUUACUUUGAAUCUCGCUAACAAGCUGUUUAUCGGCAAAGAUUUCCCGGUGAAAUCGCAAUACAAGCAAGAUCUCCAGACGUACUUUCAUUCUGACAUCGAGUCGGUAGACUUUAGUCAAAGUGCGAAAGCUGCGGAUACCAUCAAUACAUGGUCCAAGGAAAAGACCAACAACCGCAUCGAUAACAUCGUCCAAGCCGAUGAUUUGGAUUCCUCCCUUGCAUUGGUGCUUGCGAAUGCCGUAUACUUCAAGGGCAAUUGGGCUCAUCAGUUCGACCCAAAAGCUACCACCGACCGUCCGUUCCACGUUGACGCUAAUAAUGUAAAACAAGUUCCUACUAUGUUCAGGAAGGGCAACUAUAAAUACGUUGAAUUACCAGAACAUGAGGCUAAAUGCAUCGAGCUGCCAUACGCGAAUAAAGAGGUCAGCAUGGUAAUUAUCCUGCCUGAUAAAAUCGAUGGUCUCGCUGCAUUAAUCGAUAAUAUCGACGCAGUUAUGCUUGAUUGUAACGUCCGUCUUGCCCAAACGUAUGAACGCGAAGUCCGGGUAUAUCUCCCCAAAUUCAAGACCGAGUCCAAGUUAGAUCUUGGAAAUACAUUAUCUACAAAGAUGGGUCUUUCUGAGCCAUUCAGUAAUUCCGCCAACUUCAAUGGCAUUUCGGAUUUACCUCUGAAAAUCGACAAAGUUGUCCAAAAAGCUUUCAUUGAAGUUAACGAGGAGGGUAGCGAGGCAGCCGCCGUCACUGAAGGCCAAUUCAUGAAAUUCUCCCUUUUACCCAAACAAGCGAUCAAGGAGUUUAAUAUCGACCAUCCAUUCUUCUAUGGCGUCAUAUUAUCAAAACCGGAAGAGGAAGCCUAUGUACCGUUGUUCGGCGGACAUGUCUCCAAAGUGACCUUCGAUAAUUAAGAAAUAAAAUUAUCCAAAUUAGCAAUAAAUAAAUUUGUGAAUGAUCGCGGCAAUUAGUGAUAUAAUAUUGUUGUAUUCAAUUGCGAAAUGAUUAUAUCGAAACGUUUACAUAAUAAUCUCAUAUGAUCAUUCGCUUUUUGUAAUAAUUGGUUUCUUAAAAUUAUAUCUUGGCAUGUUGUCAAAAUCAAUAAAAGGUUAUUUAAAAAAUUGUAAUUUUCUAACAAUAGUUUCUAACAUGUCACAUUUUAUACAUACAUAUUUGUGUCACAUAAUCGCAUAACAGAAUUUCAUAUAAAAUAUAUGUAUUAUGUAAAAUCUUUCGUUGUAUGUGUGCUUCGAGAAUUUAAAAUAUUAAUCAAGAAUCGCAAAUAAUUAUAAAUAAUAAUUUAUAACAUUCCGAUAAAUUUUCUUGCGAUCUUCAUAUUAAAAUCACUCAGAAUUAUUUUAUUUUAUCAUUACAUUAAUUUUCCGUUGCUUUAGAAGUAUUCCCUAAAGUAUUUGGAAUACAUUUUCAAAAUAACAUAAGCUGCAAUUCCAAGGAUGCAACUGCAACGAUUAUCUUAGAGAGAUUGUACACGAUAGAUUUUAUAUAAUCAAUGAUUUGUUUCAGCUAUCAUUAUCGGCUUUACUAAUCAUAAGAUUUGACGUGUUGCAGAUCACAGAGGAAUUAUGAUCCUGAUAUAUAUGAAAAUUUCAUAUGUUCUCAAAGAAAAAAGACAAUUUUUAAGUAUAAAAUCAUCGAUCGGUAAUUAAUCUAACAAAUGUCAAUAUAACUAUCGAUAUGCAUAUGAGGUACUUCUCGCGCUUGUCUAGAAUUUAUUCGCUUUUAUUACAUAACAACAUUGUUUCAUUAUAUUGACUUUUAAUUAAUACUGUAUGCUCCUUAUAUGUUAUGCUUGCCACAUGUGAAAUGUAGAAAUAUCGCGUUAAUAUUCUCACAAAAAAAAUAUAUUUAAAAUUAUAUUAAUUAUUAAAAGAUAUAUUCAUAUACAUAUGUAUAUAUAUAUUAGAUAUUAUCUAUAUAUUGUGUGCUGUAUGUAUUUGAUUAUGAGAUAAUAUCUAAUAUAUAAUAUUAAAUACUGAUUGUGAGAUGAAAUAAAUAUCUUCUAAUCAUCUCUGUGCAGCCUUCUUAAUGAGAUUUCUGAUGCUUUAUAAUGAUUACCUAUGUUACAGGUAUUAUGCUACAGACAUACGCCAUGGUUUAUGAAGAGAAAUUCGAAAUAAAUCGUCCAUUCAUAUAUAAUA